AUGGAUUCUCAAGUCAAGUAUUUGCUUUCCCUUAAGGCUGUCCGCGAUCGGUCCAAGAUUGUGGGAGAAGCGGCCAAGUCUGGCAAGCUGAGCCACUUUGAGGUUCGGGAAGAUAAGCUGGAUGAGGUUGUUGACUUCGUUGCUUCUGUGAUCAAAGUAAGGGAUAUCCGAUUCUCUCAGUCUUGUCUCCUACUAACAUGUCACCUUAAGCGUGAUUACGGCCCAGACAAGUUUGACACCAUCCCUCCUCACGGGCGCUGGCAACAUUUUGAAGUCGGAAAUGUGCCCCGCGUCGCCAACAUCAUAGAGGAGUGGAAGAAGGAGGGGUGCGACAAGACUGAAGUGACCCGCCGUCUCAUCGACCUCUUCUUUGUCUCCGUACUUUUGGAUGCUGGUGCAGGCGACCACUGGAGAUAUACAGAGCCCGGAACCGAUCAAGUCUAUGAGCGUAGCAAGGGGCUGCAGAAGCUCCAGACCGACGAGCUUGCAAAGGGCUUCCAAGUGUCUGACAGCAACCCCAUGUUGGGAGUUGAUUCUCGUGCGGCGCUUCUCAGGAGCUUGGGAGGCUCUUUGCUCGCUCACCCAGAUGUCUUCGGAGCUGAAGGCCGCCCAGGUAACCUGGUUGACUGCUUGAUCAAGUCAGCCGGCGACUCCGCUAAGCUCGACGUUCUCUUCCUCUGGGAUACCCUCCAAACUCUUCUUAUUCCCUGCUGGCCCAAGGACCGUACGACAAUCAAUGGCACACCGAUUGGCGACGCAUGGCCUUUGAGCAUUCUCAAGAACACAUCCGGCAGCUCUGACCCCGCAGAGGGUAUCCAACCCUUCCAUAAGCUCACUCAAUGGCUUACUUACUCCCUGAUGGUUCCGUUCCAGAGGGUCUUGGGUUUGGAAUGGACCAACGCAGACUCUCUGACCGCUCUACCAGAAUACCGCAACGGCGGUCUGUUCGUCGAUCUCGGUGUGCUUGUCCUGAAGAAAGACACGCUCGACCGCGGACUGAAAGCAUCGGGUGAAGAGCUGCCCAUGUUUGAUGCGGGAGACGAUGUGAUUGUUGAGUGGAGAGCCAUGACGCUGGUGCUGAUUGACAAGCUGUACGGCAAGAUCCAACCCCGCAUGGGUGAUGGUGUUCAGCUCAGCAUGGCGCAACUCCUGGAGGCUGGUACGUGGAAGUCCGGGCGUGAGGUUGCGGCGCAGCGGAGGCCGAAGACGAAGUCGAGUCCCAUCAUCAUCAAGAGUGAUGGCACUGUGUUUUAG